AUGGCCCCCGGCGGGGCGGUGGCCGUCCUGCUCCUGGCGGCAGCGGUUCUUCGAGGGGCGGCUGCGGGGCCCGGGUCGCCCUUCAGCGAGGAUGUGCUGAGCGUGUUCGGCGCGAACGGGAGCCUGUCGGCGGCGCAGCUCGGGCGCCUGCUGCAGCGGCUGGGAGCCGGCCCGGCGGAGGGCGCCCCGCAGCCCGCGCCGCUGCACUUCAACCAGUGUUUGUCAGCUGAAGAGAUCUUUUCCCUUCAUGGCUUUUCAAAUGCUACGCAGAUCACCAGCUCAAACUUCUCUGUCAUCUGUCCAGCAGUCUUACAGCAACUGAACUUUCAUCCCUGUGAUGAGCGGCCCAAACAUGAUUCAAAACCAAGUCUUUCUGAAGUAUGGGGAUAUGGAUUCCUGUCAGUGACAAUCAUUAAUCUGGCAUCUCUCCUCGGAUUGGUUUUGACUCCGUUGAUAAAGAAAUCUUAUUUCCCCAAGAUUUUGACCUAUUUUGUGGGGCUGGCUAUUGGGACUCUAUUUUCAAAUGCAAUUUUCCAACUUAUUCCAGAGGCAUUUGGAUUCAAUCCUAAAACUGACAACUAUGUUGAAAAGGCUGUUGCUGUAUUUGGUGGCUUUUAUUUACUUUUCUUUUUUGAAAGGAUGCUUAAGAUGUUAUUAAAGACAUAUGGUCAGAAUGAUCAUGCCCACUUUAGAAAUGAUGACUUUGGCCCUUCUCCAGAAAAAACUCCUCAACCUAAAACAUUACCUGCCAUCAAUGGCGUGACAUGCUAUGCCAACCCAGCUGUCACAGAGCCUAAUGGACACAUCCAUUUUGAUAAUGUCAGUGUGGUAUCUCUACAGGAUGAGAAAAAGGAGCCAAGCUCAUGCACCUGCUUGAAGGGGCCCAAACUGUCGGAGAUAGGGACCAUCGCCUGGAUGAUAACGCUCAGUGACGCCCUCCACAAUUUCAUCGACGGCCUGGCGAUUGGGGCUUCCUGCACCUUGUCUCUUCUCCAGGGGCUCAGCACCUCUAUAGCAAUCCUGUGCGAGGAGUUUCCUCACGAGCUAGGGGACUUUGUGAUCCUACUCAAUGCAGGAAUGAGCACCCGACAAGCCUUGUUAUUCAAUUUCCUUUCGGCGUGUUCCUGUUAUGUUGGGUUAGCUUUUGGCAUUUUGGUGGGCAACAACUUUGCUCCAAAUAUUAUAUUCGCACUUGCUGGAGGCAUGUUCCUGUAUAUUUCUCUGGCAGACAUGUUUCCAGAGAUGAACGACAUGCUGAGAGAAAAGGUAACUGGCAGAAAGACCGACUUCACCUUCUUCAUGAUUCAGAACGCUGGAAUGUUAACGGGGUUCACAGCCAUCCUGCUCAUUACUCUGUAUGCAGGAGAAAUUGAAUUGGGGUAGCAGGAGAUGAAAGAUGGUGUUGUAAUGAAGGCAUUUAAUAAAUAAAAACAUCUCCAGAGGGAUUUUAAGCUGAUCCUCUUUAGUUAAAAGAUAAUUUUUUUUUCAACUGUAGGUCAAGAAAACUAGCUAUUGCUUUCAGAUCUGGGAAAUAGGCUAUUAUUUGUUAUUAAAAAUGUUUCAAAAGAUUAUAGUUCGAGUCUGAAAAGCCUUGAAUGCAAGAUCUUUGGGAAAUACUUUUUCAUGUAUCAUACAUAUUAGAAAAUCAUCACAAAGCAAGAAACAUGCAGUGUAUAGUCACUUAGACACCAAAAACCCAGAGGAGAAUGCAAGCUAGGUGCUAGGAGCUUUUAAACCUCUGGGUAGGAGCAAGAAUUCAAGAGGUUUCAGAGUGGUGUUCUUUUAAAUUGAUUUGUUCUAGUACUUUCACGAGCAAGUACAUAAAAAUGUGGAAGGCUAUCAAAACGUAUACAACACAGAUACAAAUGAUUCCCAGGCCUUCCUGAACCCAGGAAUGAAGUAUUGCUCACAGCUUUUGUUGUGUCAUACUUUAGUGAGGCAUUCAUAGGAUUGUUUUGAAAACCAUACAAUAUACAUUAUGAAAUCAAUAAAGCUUUGCUAGCCUUAGUAAAUUUAGACCGUAUCUGAUACUUAUCUCUAAGUGUAAACUCUACCAGAUUUCACAAAAAGUAGGAAUUGCUUUGUAUGACUUAGGUUGUGGUUGCACCAAACAAAAAGAGUCUGCAAAGCUGGUAACUGAUGGCUCAGUUUUCGUGUAUAAUGUCCUUGCUUUAUGUUGGUUUUCAGAAAAAAAAAUUGAAUGUAAUUUUAAGUAAUUUUCUUUUAAAGAUGAACACAAUUAUUUAGCAAAGGAUAUUUUAAAUAAAUGCAAAACAACAGCUGGACUGCUGUACAUUGAGGACUGAUUAUCUGGAAAACAUACGUUCCUUAUGGGAUUGAGAUCAUUCAGAAAAGACUUUUUUUUUGUGUUCAUUCUACAUUUUUCCUGUAUGGUAUAUGUUGGAAAAAAAUUCUGCACAUCAUGGUUAUUUUUCUACCUUUUAUAAAAGAUAGAGCCUGUUUUCUCAUUUAGUAGGCAUAGAAAGUUGGUCUGAAAUUGACAUCCUGACCCCAAUUCACACUCCCAAGUCACUUAAGGAAAGAUGAUCUAACGGUGAAGAAAAUGAUUUAUAAAAGCCAAUAAUGACCUCAGGAAUUGCAUUUUCCCACAGAAUAUAAAAUGGUGUCUCAUAGCAAUAAUGCAGGUCUGAUGGGUGUUUAACAUGUAUGUGAAUAUACAUUUCACUUUAUGACUGACAAUUAAAAAUAUUGUUUGACCAAAUAGUAAACACCUUUGAAACCA